CAAACCAAUGGGAAUCGAUUUAAAGAGCCGAAGUUACACGAACUCUCUUCAUUCGGGUACGUCAUUUCCUGAUUUUCUCUCCGGUGGUGUCCCAAGAACCGGGACCACGUUAUUCCUCCUAUGGUUUCCCCAGAGCGGUAAUGCUGGAAGAGGACGCUCCACCCACUACAAGCUUGGGGCGUUAAACGCGGAGGGGGGGGGGGGGGGUGACGUAAGUAACCGAAGGGCUACGUGCUGAAAAGGACAGAUACAGGAUCAGUUUAAUGCAACAUUUCAGCUUUUGAAAAUAGCGUUGUAAAACACUAACCGACCCGAGGUCAGAAUUUAGACAAAGCGUGACUCAAGCUCGAGGAGGGGCCGGUCACGUGAUACGUGUACCUGCAGCUCGUUUUGCGGAAGAUAAUUGGCGGAGAGAAAACAGGUGGAUAAUUCAACAGAGAGCUGAGGGAAGAUCCAAACAACUUUAACAAAUGAACAGCAAUGGGCAAGGUGAUUGUGGCGAGUGACUGUUUGUGAAAAGCCUGCCAGGCCCUGCUCCAGAUCCCAUGUCUGCCGCAGGCCGCUUAGAUGUGCUCAGCCCCCACUACGAUGAGGUCCCUGUGGGGUCCCUGUGGAGGGAGCCCCCCCGGCCGCUGGAGGAACUGCGAGGAACAGAGCUGGCCCUGAGCGCCUGCCCCCUGCCGCCCCCCCCUUUGCCAGAGACACCCCCGGUGGGCCCCGCCCCCCCGGUGGGCCCCGCCCCCCCGGUGGGCCCCGCCCCCAGCGAGGAGCAUCUGGAGGAGGACCAGGAUGCCAUGGACAUCAAACCCGUCCGCCGCUUCAUCCCAGACUCCAUCAAGAACUUCUUCCGUGAAGGCAGUAACCGUAGCAGCAAGCCCUGGCCCCCUCCCCCCUCCCCGCCGCUCACAGAAAAGGACAAUCAGACCACAGAGGGCAUCCCCUGCUCGCCCCCGCACUCCCCGGCACACUCUCUCCACGACUCCUACCUGGACCCCUACGGAGGCUCUGGGGGCAGCUACAACUCCCAGAAGGAGCGUGAUGCCAUGCUACUGGGGGCAGAGGCCGUGGACUCUGAGCGGACCUUCCGCUCGGCCAUGACGUACAGCGAGCGCGUGGAGGAGUACCACCAGCGCUACGCCUACAUGAAGUCCUGGGCGGGGCUUCUGAGGAUCCUGGGCUGUGUGCAGCUACUGCUGGGUGCUGCUGUGUUCGCCUGCGUCUGCGCCUACGUACACAAGGACAACGAGUGGUUCAACAUGUACGGAUACUCCAAGCCAGGGGCGUUAGGGGGGAUGGGCGGAGCUGCGUUUGGCGGCUCGGUCAACUACACCGGGCCCAAAACGCCGUUCGUGCUGGUGUUGGCGGGACUGGUGUGGGUGGUGACGGUGAUUGUCCUGGUGAUGGGGAUGACCAUGUACUACCGCACCAUCCUCCUGGAUUCCACCUGGUGGCCUCUGACAGAGUUCUCCAUCAGCCUGGUGCUGGGGAUGCUCUACAUGGCCGGGGCGCUGGUCUACGUGACCGACCUCAUCCGAGGAGGGCUCUGCUAUUACCCGGUGUUCAACAACCCAGUUAACGGGGCUUUCUGCCGCACUGAGGCGGGCCAGACGGCCGCCAUCAUCUUCCUGUUCUUCAACAUGUUUCUGUACCUGGUGAGCAGCGCUGUGUGUCUGAAGCUCUGGAGACAUGAGGCUGCACGGCAGAGGAGAGAGGCGCUGGAACAGGAGAUGAAAACUAUGGGAUCUGCUCUGCCACUGUCUAUGCUGGACGGGGCCUCCAGGACGUCUGAGCGGACCCCCCUUCCCACCCUGCCUGGAGGCCUGGAGUCCCAGCCGCCACCGCGUGCGGCCGCACGCAUGCUGGAGCCGGAGAUCCUGAGAGGGCACAUCCCUGCAGGACACAUCCCCAAACCCCUGGUAAUCGCAGACUACGUGGCGAAGUACCCAAUUAUCCGUACGGAAGAGGAGAGGGACCAGUACAAGGCUGUGUUCAACGACCAGUACGCCGAGUACAAGGAGCUGCACGCCGAGGUCCAGGCCUGGUCCAGGAAGUUAGAGGACAUGGAUGAAAUGAUGCGCAACCUGCCCCCACGCUCCUCCAGCCAGCAGGAGAAGGAGCGGAUCAACACCAUUGUGCAGGAGUACCAGAGGAAGAGAAAUGAUCCUACAUUCCUGGAAAAGAAGGAGAGAUGUGAGUACCUGAAAAACAAACUAUCUCACAUCAAGCAGAAGAUCCAGGAAUACAACAAGCUCUCCCUUCCCUCUCUGUUCAUCCUCUCUCCCGGUAGCCAUACCAGCCAUGGCAGCAGACACAAACCCAGCGAGCUGUUCUCCAACCCUGCCUUCUCCUACUACCCCGACGAGGAGUUUGUCCACUUCUACUCCUGGACCUCCCCUCCUGGCGUGAUGAAGAUCAUGUCCAUCAUCAUCAUCAUCCUGUGCGUGGGGAUCUUUGCCUGCGUGGCCUCGACUCUGGCCUGGGAUUACGACAUGAGCAUGAUGGGCCUGUCUGGUGGAAUCGGGGCGGGGAUGGGGGGGGGCUCGUACGGGGGGUCCUACGGGGGAGGCAUGGGGGGCAUGGGAGGCAUGGGUGGCAUGGGAGGCAUGGGUGGCAUGGGGGGCAGCGGAGGGGGGGACACCUACACAGACCCCCUGGCAGGCAAGAGCUUCAUCAUCGCCAUCUCUGCCAUCACCUUCCUGGCUGUGCUCGUCAUCUUCAUUCUGGUGGUGUCCAGACAAAACACGUCUCGCUCCCCGUCCUUCUACCUGGCAGCCGGCAUCAUCAGCGGCAUACUGGCCGGCCUGAUGAUCAUCGCCACCAUCGUCUACCUGGUGGCCAUCAACCCCACCGCCCAGACCUCCAGCUCCGGCAAUUUCAACCAGAUCAUGCAGCUGUGUGCCCAGUACCAGAACCAGAACCAGGCCAGCGGCAUCUUCCUCAACCAGUACCUGUACCACUACUGUGUGGUGGAGCCACAGGAGGCCAUCGCCGUGGUGAUGGGGGUACUGGUGUUCGUGGGCCUGAUCAUCCUGCUGGUCUUUGCUCUGAAGACACGUCAGAAGAUCCGGCGCUGGGGCAUAGAGCGCAUCCUGUGGGAGGAGCCUAAGGCGCUCAGCGGAGGCGUGCCGCACACCAUUGGAGAGUGGGUAAACAACGUCUCAGGCUCCCCAGAAGUCUUGGUCAGUGAUGCCAACAAGCUGGUGAGGGGCUCCAGGGACUACCUGGACCAGCUGCCCAAGUACUCAAGCAAGCCCUUGUACCUUCCUGGAGACUCUGACAUCACCAGCUCUGUGGGCGUCCAGCUGCGAGACCAGGACGGAGCCGAGUCUGCUGAUGAGCUGGACCAUGUGGACUUCAGCUCGGAGUUUCCCCCCAUCGUGAGUGAGCAGCAGCGUCUGGACUACAAGCGUGAGUUUGAGCAGGAGCACCAGGAGUAUCGGGCCCUGCAGGCGGAGCUGGACCGCAUCAACCUGGGCCUGGCAGGCCUGGACCGGGACCUGGGCCGGCACGCACCGGGAAGCUCGUUCUUCCUGGAUGCUAUGGAAGAAUACACAAGAUUGAAGAAUUUGAAAAAGUCCCCAGACUACCAGCUGAAGAAGAAGAGGUGCAAACACCUGAGAUCCAAACUGUCCCACAUCAAGAGGAAGAUCAGCGAGUACGACCGCAGGUCAUGAGCCCUGACCCCGUGGACUAGGCCCUCUGUUUUAAUAUAUCCAAUCAGAGCAGAGAAAUCCCAGUAAUAACAUAAUUGAAUGUUAUCUGAAGAUGAUCAAGAGCGUGCAACAUCCUUUUAAUCUAUUCAGCCCUCUCAGAGGCUGAUUUCUUCAGUGAAGGACAGCAUGGAUGGGUUAGGGUUAGAGAGGUAUUAAGGAUUGAAGCAAAAACCUAAUCAGUUUUUUCAGGCCGACCAGUCAUUAGCUUUUUGAUGGAUGAUUUUGAAACAGCUAAGAUGAGUGGACAUGAAAGGUCUUUUAUGAAGUUUUACUCAAGACACAAAGGGGAGAAUUAUGUGAAUGUUUGGUUGAAGUUUCUUUAAUAUAUUUAUCUUUCUUUAAUAAAUAAAAAGCUGGAGCUUUUUAAACUCAGGUUUCAGAAUAUUAAACAUCCAGAAAUAUUUUGUUGAAAAGUUUUCUUCCAGUCCAGUAUAUUCAAGGCAUGACACUGCUAAGUUCUCAGGCCAUUGGUCUCUAAUGAUUACGAAAUACUUUAAAGUUGAUAUUAUUGGUGAAUCAGCCAAGAGUUGUUCUGUAUUUUUUUAAUAGAUUUUAUAUGGCUUACUUUUUCAUAUUUUAACCUAUGUUAAUUAGUCUGACAAAUUAAUGCAGUUUUUUGUGAAACUUUUCAGACCUGGCUGGCCACCAUAUUUUUACAAUUACUUGUAUACGUUCAAAAACUAUUAUACACUCAAAUGAAUUUGUCUAUCGAAAGUAACUCCAAUACAUAUUCAAACAUACAGUUUCGGAAAUGGCUCCAAAGCGGUUUUUAUAUUGACUUUUAAACAUGUGUAGCAGCAACUCAAAUAAACUCACUUGUGAUUGCCUUGUA